AUAACAUUUAUAUUGAUGUGACAUUUACAUCUGUCACAAAGCGGCACCCAAAAACAUAACCUCAAUGUGUUUACGUCCGCGUCAAUUUAAAAUUAAUCUAAAUAUUUACGACAUUUUCUAUAUUUAGGUCCAAAACGGUGAAUCUCGUACUUUACUCAGUUUUACUUAAUCAUGAAAUCUCUUUACUUAAGCUUUAUAUUGUUAUUAAUUUAUUUUAUUCCAAAUAAUGCAAAAACGAAUAAUAAAAACGUUGUGAUUGAAAAUGUAUCAGACAUCAAAGAUUUCAAAAAAGUCGUUCGCACAAAAACCAAUUUAUUAGUAUGUUUUGUAAGCAGUUUAAAAAAAGCUUCUGAUAUUGUUAAAGUUGUCCGAGAAGCGGCUUUUACGGUUAAAGGACAAGGUACUAUGAUGUUAGUGGAUUGUUCAAGUGAGGCUCGAAAGCUUUGUAAGAAAUUAAAGGUCUCACCUGAACCUAGUAUUUUAAAGCACUACAAAGAUGGUGAAUACCAUAAAGAUUAUGAUCGGAAAGGAACUGUUUCUUCAAUGGUUAAUUUUAUGAGAGAUCCAGCUGGAGAUAUUCCAUGGGAAGAGGAUAGUUCAGCCAAUCAUGUAGUUCACAUUUCAGAUGCUCAGAGUUUAGCAAAAUUCAUUCGAAAAGAAACCAAACCAAUUCUAAUCAUGUUUUACGCUCCAUGGUGUGGCUUUUGUAAAAGUUUAAAACCGGAAUAUUCAGCUGCUGCAACUGAACUUCAAGGUGAAGCAUAUUUAGCAGCAAUAGAUGUAAAUCGGCCCGAAAAUUCGGGAGUAAGAGCUCAAUAUAACAUCACAGGAUUUCCUACUUUACUUUAUUAUGAAAGUGGUGUUGUUAAAUAUCAAUAUGAAGGUGAAAACAACAAAGUUGGUAUUGUAGCUUUUAUGAGAAGCCCCUCAGCCCCCACCACAAAACUUAAAGAUCCAGAAUGGUCUGAUAGUGAUAGUGAUGUGGUCCAUUUAACUGCUAAUAACUUUGAUCCUGUUAUUCGAGAGGAAGCAUCCGUUUUAAUCAUGUUUUAUGCCCCUUGGUGUGGACAUUGCCAAAGAUUAAAACCUGAAUAUGAAAAAGCUGCUGCUCAAAUGAAAACAGAUGGGAUCCCCGGAAUGUUAGCAGCAAUUGAUGCUAAUAAAGAGCAAUCAAUUGCAACUAGAUUUGAUAUCCGAGGAUUCCCAACGAUUAAGUACUUUGUUUAUGGCGAAGUUAAGUUUGACGUUAACGUGAGGGACGCUCCUAAGAUAAUUGCGUUUAUGAGUAACCCAUCAGAACCCCCCGUUCCACCUCCAGCAGAGAUCCCAUGGGCCGAUGAUACCAAAACGAACGUUGUUCAUUUAAACGAGGACACAUUUAAACCAUUUUUGAAGAAGAAAAAACAUGUUUUGGUUAUGUUUUAUACUCCAUGGUGUGGUCAUUGUAAAAAAGCGAAACCGGAAUUCGAAAAAGCAGCUGAAAAAUUCCGAGAUGAUCCGAAAGUUGAAUUCGCCGCUGUUGAUUGUACCACGCAACAAAGUUUAUGUAGCGCACAAGAUAUAAAAGGUUACCCAACAAUACGUUACUUCAGUUACUUAAAAUUCGAGAAACCUUAUAGCGGUGCUAGAACGGCCCAAGAUUUUGAAAAAUUCAUGCGCGACCCAGAAGCUGCAAAACCACCUCAAUCAAUGCCUAAACCAAAAUCGGAACAAUGGCGCAAAGAAACGACAACGGCUAUUUUACAUUUAACUGAUAAUAAUUUUAAAAGAGAAAUUGCUAAAGGUAGCCCAGUUUUAGUGAUGUUCUACGCUCCGUGGUGUGGUCAUUGCAACAAAAUGAAAUCAGAUUAUAAUAAAGCGGCUGAAGAUAUGAAAAAGGAAGGCUUUCAAGGAAGUUUUGCUAUGUUUGAUUGUACGGAAAAUCCUGAAAUUACGGAAGAGUUUCAAAUUUCUGGAUUUCCGACGAUUAAAUUAUUCGUCGGUGGGAAAUAUGUUAAGGAUUAUCGUGGCUCGAGAACUAUGGAAGAUUUAAAAACUUUUAUGAAAACGUCAAAUAUCCGAGAUCGUCAAGAACUUUGAAGAAAUUAAAAAAAUCGUAUAAUAUAAUUUUGUAUGUUGUAUGUAUUUUUUUUUUUUUAUAGUUUUGAUGAUGUAAUGUUGAUGGAAGAAUAUCUGUAUACCUCAUUUUCUUGUAGACUGACUUGUUUUCUCCUAUUAUAUCAAUUUAUUACUAAUUAAUAUUGACUAAUAUUUGGCAA